AGCAAUGACUUAAUCGGCGAUCUCAUGGUUAAAUAGUUAUCAGAUAAAAACUUUUCUGCAGGCGUUUUAAAUUGUGACGAAUUAUCAUUUAUUAAAACCGUUAACUUAAUGAGAGGACUUAAUGGAUUAAAUGAAAGACUGACGAGUCCUGCAUGAGCUGUAAUGGCUAGUAAGGUACUUGCUGAUGAUCUGUUUAACAAUUGGGUGCGCGGUGUAAUGGGAUUAGAAUACUUUCAGGAAGGUCUUCAAGAAUUUGUAGGAGACAAAGUACUGCAAUGCCGUGACAAAGCAGUUCAUCAGAUAUUACUACCAUUGCAACUACAACAAUGUAACCAGUGUACGUCUCAUAAUCUUUCACCAGAACAUUUAAACUCAAAAAAGGCAUGUAGCAGAAGCACAUGCAAUCAAAAAAGCCCGCAAAACUGUUUUGGGAGUAAACCAGGCGGACGCAGAAAAUGCCCUAAUGGCGUAUGUAGUAAAUUCUACGACGCAAUUAUAGAUGACCAUGUGUUUAAUGAUCCAUUAUGGAAGAAUACUGACCCAAGUACGUGGUGUUCCGAUCCACAUGGAUGGGGUUAUGGAAAAUGUUUUCAAACAACUAAAAGUCCAGGAACAUCGGCCAAAGACACGGAUGCCGCUGGUCUGCUCAGCAUCAUUAUAAACAACAAAUCAAUGCACAAUUUUGUGUCCGGUAUGAAUCCUCUUACAGCAAGUUGGUUUCAUAUGGCGAGGGACAUUCGAAAUAAAAUUUUACAUAGCUCAAAGCUUGAAGUCGACGAAGCAACUCUAUGUUCUUAUUUGGACGUGUUCAUAACAGUUCUUCAAGAUCCAAAGUGUCUGCUUAAUGAUAAUGCGUCAAAGAAUGCGGUAGAUAAACUUACACAGUUAAAAAACAAUACAAUACACAUUACCCAGGGAGACACUGUAUCACUUCUUGAGAAUAGAAACAAGGCGUUGACUGAACUUGACGAAAGAACAGCAGAAUCAUUGCGUAAACUAGAUGAAAAGGCAUUUGCUGUGUGGUAUGAUUUAAAAGAAGAUGUUGUUAAAUUAACGAAAAAAGCUUUAACUGAGGUUGAAAUCGCUGGGACGUCUGUAAAAGAAACUUUAUCUGUAGAGAAAAAUGAAGGUAUAUCCGACAUAAACAUAGCCCGUGCAAGUGCAGAACGAGAUAUUGCUAGAAAGAUAAAUCAUGGUUUAUCUGACAUUAACACUGCCCGUGCGCACUCAAAAGAAGACAUUGUCGAGAUGACGAAUGAUUGUUUAUUCGAAAUUAAAAAAGCUGAGACAGAGGUCUUGCAAAAUAUUAUGUCGGAGAGAAGACUAUACAUUGACGAACAAAAAAGUGACGAUAUCGCUGAUUUUCAAACAUCUGUGACGCAGAUAAAACAAGAUGCUUUAUCAGCCAUCGCUAAGGCGGUUGAAAAAACAGGAAAAGAGGAAAGUGUUUCAUGGUCUGCGUGGACAGAAUCUUUACUCAAAAAUGGUCUUCGGAAAUUUAGAUGUAAAGCCGAAAAUUCGAGACCAAUAUUAGAUUCAAAGGUAAUACAUGCAAAACAAGAUCACCAAGAAAAUGUGACAUUCAAUGAACAAAACCCCCAGCACAACCCAGCGACACAGCACAACCAGGAAGGAGCCCAGCAGGGCACCAAACAGGACGUGACACACGGCUUAUUCGCAGACUGGAUCUCAACAUUGCAUGGGAUAUCAAACCGAUGCAGAGAAGAAUCAUGGAAACUUUUUGCUGGCAGUCUCAAUAUUGAAUACAAGACAAAUACACAAAAUAGUAGAGCUUGGUUUACUAAACGAAAGCGGUGCAAGGCAGUUUAAGAUUAACGCAAUGGAAAUAUAGAACGGCAUUCUUAAAGAAGAGAUAACUAAGAAAGCAAGUGUGUAAAUUUGAAGACAAAAGCAAAAUUGUUACUUUUCUUUUACUCUGUGUUAUAUUUUUACUGGCAGAAACAUUUUAUUGAAAAUUCCACAGGAGAAAUGUAUAAGCAUUAUUCACCUUCUUAUUUGUAAACAGGAAAACUACAUAGCAUUUCCAUGUAAUUAAAAAAAAAGAAUCACAUUCACAUUGCUCUAGUUAUUACACAUUUCUGGUGACCUUGUUGAAAACUAGCAUUUUACACAUUGUUCAGUGACACAAAUGACAACAUGCUGGUUUUUCAUAAAAUACGUAUGUUGCGCAAAAAUAUGUUAAUCAAGAAGAAAAUUACGAAGUUUGCAAAGAAUAUUAUCAGUAAGUAAAGUAUAAACAUUUUUUAAUUGAAUUUUUUUACUGAAAGUUCUAAAAAAAACUCUGCAAGAUUUGUUCUCAGCAAUUCAUAUA